AUGUUGCAACAAACCAUUGACGAGUCGCUGUACAGCCGCCAGCUGUACGUGCUCGGCCAUGAGGCUAUGAAGCAGAUGUCAGUCAGCAAUGUUCUGAUUGUCGGGCUUCGUGGCCUUGGUGCAGAGAUUGCGAAGAAUAUCGCCCUGGCGGGUGUAAAGAGUGUGACGCUGUACGAUCCCAACCCUGUGAGCGUAGAAGAUCUCAGCUCGCAGUUUUUCCUGCGUCCUAGCGAUGUGGGUAAAGCUGGUGUCACGCGUGCUAGUGCUACUGCAGCACGUCUGGCUGAAUUGAAUGCAUACGUUCCAAUCAAGGUGCUUGAUGUGGCAACACUCGACAAGGAGACACUCCUGCAAUACAAAGUGGUUGUGUUGACCCAUGCCAACUUGUCCGAGCAGCUCCGUAUUAACGAUAUCACUCACGAUAGUGGUACGCACUUUAUUGCUGCAGACGUGCGUGGUCUCUUCGGUACUGUGUUCAACGACUUUGGCUCCCACUUUGUGUGCAAGGACACAACGGGUGAGCAGCCACACCAUGGUAUGGUCGUAUCGGUUACAAAGGACAAGGAAGGUCUUGUUACGACGCUUGACGAGACACGCCAUGGUCUGGAGGAUGGCGAUUAUGUUACAUUUACGGAGGUGCAAGGCAUGGUGGAACUUAAUGGCAUUGAGCCACGCCGUGUGACCGUCAAGGGCCCGUACACAUUCACCAUCGGUGAUACGACCUCUUUCAGUGACUACACGACCAGUGGUGUAUUUAAGCAGGUAAAGCAGCCGAAAGAGCUGGUGUUCAAGUCGCUUCGGGAGAGUCAGAAGAAUCCAGAGUGCCUCAUCUCUGACUUUGGCAAGAUGGAUCGUCCGCCGAUUCUGCAUGUAGCCUUUGAGGCUCUGUCGCAGUUUGAAGAGAAGCACCAGCGCUCGCCUCGUGCACGGAAUGACGAGGAUGCGGAGGCUGUGUUGGCGCUGGCGCUGCCACUUCUGCAGGCCCGUGGUCAAGCGCUGGAGGGAGAGGAAGCUACAAAGCUGGCCCACUGGCUGAUUAAGGAACUGGCCUACCAAGCUACGGGAGAUUUGUGCCCUAUGUCGGCGCUCGUGGGUGGCUUUACCGCGCAGGAAGUGCUCAAGGCGUGCAGUGGCAAGUUCCACCCGCUGCAGCAACACAUGUACUUGGAUGCUUUGGAGGCGCUGCCACACAACAUUCGCAAGUUGCCAGAGUCUGAGUUCGCACCUACAGGCACGCGCUAUGAUGGCCAGAUUUCUGUGCUAGGCAAGUCGUUCCAGGAGCGAAUUGCGAACACACGUGAGUUCCUUGUUGGCAGUGGUGCGAUUGGCUGUGAGAUGCUCAAGAACUGGAGCAUGAUGGGCUUGGCUACAGGACCGAAUGGCCAGAUUUUCGUGACAGAUCUGGACACGAUUGAGAAGAGCAACUUGAACCGUCAGUUCCUUUUCCGUCCGAAGGAUGUGGGCAAAUUCAAGGCGGAAACAGCUGCUGCUGCAGUGGCAGAGAUGAACCCGGAUCUGCAAGGCAAGAUCAAGACGUUUGACCAGCGUGUGGGUCCUGAAACGGAGAGUAUGUAUGGAGAUGAGUUCUUUGCAGGGAUUGAUGGUGUGACGAAUGCGCUGGACAAUGUACAGGCGCGAUUGUACAUGGACAGUCGCUGUGUAUACUACCGCAAGCCGCUGCUCGAAUCUGGCACGCUCGGUACGAAGGCCAACACACAGGUGGUGGUGCCAGACUUGACCGAGUCGUAUGCCUCGUCGCAGGACCCACCGGAAAAGUCGAUCCCCGUGUGCACGCUGAAGAACUUCCCGAACCAGAUUGAGCACACGAUUCAGUGGGCUCGUGAGCAGUUUGAUGCUCUUUUUGAGAAGCCUGCGGCGAAUGUGAACCAAUACCUGUCGCAGGCCGACUAUUUGGCCUCGCUCCAGUCGGCCGGUGACUCGGGCUUCAAGCACCAGGUGGAGGAAAUUAAGACCUACUUGGUCGACGAACGCCCGCAGUCGUUCGAUGCCUGUAUAGUAUGGGCGCGGAAGAAGUUUGAAGAGAACUAUGUGAAUAUGAUCAAGCAGCUUGUCUUCAACCUGCCGCCGGAUGCCAAGACUACGACGGGCCAACCGUUUUGGAGUGGUCCCAAGCGUGCGCCGACCCCGCUGGUGUUCAACCCACAGGAUGAGUUGCACGUGGCCUAUAUCGUCGCGGCGGCCAACCUCCACGCCUUCAACUAUGGCCUGCAUGGUUCGAACGAUGCAGCGUACAUUGCGAAGGUGGCCGCACAAGCGGAUGUGCCUGUGUUUACGCCACGCGAGGCGCAUGUCCAAGUGAACGACAACGACCCUGUACCGUCGGACGAGGGGAACGCCGCGGAGGAGCAGGCCAAUGUCGAGGAAUUGGUCGCGAGUCUGCCUACGCCUUCGUCCCUUGCUGGGUACCGCCUGCACCCGGCCGAGUUUGAGAAGGACGAUGACUCGAACCAUCACAUGGACUUUAUCACGGCUGCUUCCAACUUGCGUGCUACCAACUACCAAAUCACGCCUGUGGACCGCUACACGACCAAGGGUAUUGCCGGCAAGAUCAUUCCCGCGAUCGCCACGACGACAGCGCUGGCUACGGGUUUGGUCAAUAUCGAGAUGUACAAGCUGCUGGAUGACAAGAAGGACAUUGAAGCAUACUCCAAUGCGUUUGUCAACUUGGCCUUGCCGUUCAUUGCGUUUAGUGAUCCGAUUGCCGCGCCGAAGAACAAGUACAACGACACGGAGUGGACAUUGUGGUCGCGCUUCGAAGUGGACGAUAUGACGCUCCAGGAGUUCAUUCAGUACUUCCAUGACCAGCAUGGUUUGGACAUUACGCUGGUGUCCGGUGCACUAGCCAUGCUGUAUGCCGACUUCAUGCCGCCGAAAAAGAAAGAAGAGCGUUUGGCGAUGAAGAUGAGCACGCUCGUUGAGACGGUAUCGAAGAAGCCCAUCGAGUCGCAUGUGUCACAUCUCACGGUGGAAAUCAUGUGCGAUGACCGCAACGGCGAAGAUGUGGAAGUGCCGUCGGUGACUAUUCGCCUGCACAAGUAG